AAAAAAAAAAAAAAAAAAUCGAUCCCAUGUCCCCAACCCUAACUUUGUUGAUCCCAAACAACCCCAGGAAUCUGAAAACUCCUGUGAAACAACAUGAUGUUGAAAUCAAUAUCGGCGAUGUUCUAUUUGGUUGUAUUUUUUCGAAGAUGCAACCUUCACCAUUUAAAUCUUUGAUUGCGGCAAAGACUAAGCUGUCGUCCUCAAUCAUUAAGAAGAGAUUUCUUUCAUGUAUAGGCCGUUGUGACACUUUUAUCAGACUUGUUCAUGGUAGAAGGGCUCAGGAAUCCACCUUGAUAGUUUAUCGCAAGUUAAGACUCCGAAACUUCACAACUUGUUUGUGAAUCAAUACAUGCUGCCAGAAUGUGGGGGAUGGAAAAAGAUAUGCAGAUCAAAACAAUGUGGGGGUUUAUGUGUGAAAAGCUUAAGAGCAACUAAUAAGGCUCUUCUGGUCAAAUGGAUUUGGAAGUACUCUAAACAAAAACAAUCUCUUUAGAGAAGGAUAAUUCAACAGAAGAUGCAAGCUUCAGAAGAUGUAAUUUUACCAAUAGAUGAUGAUGAUGCUCAAGGGAGAAGUCUCUGGAGAAAUGUUACAAGAUUGGUCCCUGAAAUUCAAGGGUCAAUGACUUUUCAACUGAAAAAUGGUAAGGGUAUUAGAUUCUGGUAUGAAAAAUGGUUGGUGAAUGGGUGUCUUAAAGAUCUUUUUCCAGUUAUAUUCAAAGCUUGUCAUAACAAACAAGCAACUAUGGCUGAUAUGAUUCAUGAAAGCAACUGGAUUGGUGUGUUCAAACAUAGUUUAAAUGCUAAUGUACAGUUGGAGUGGGAUCUUUUAAGAAGAGAUUUGGGAGUUGUUCCUUUGCUGACUGAAGGUGAUGAUGAAGUUAAACUUUUUGGAGACAACUUCUCAACUAAGGUGUGUCAUGAAGCUAUGACAGGCACUAUGGAAGUUUGCUCGUUCAGUAAACACCUAUGGAAGAAAACAAUUCCUGCUAAAGUUAGUUUUCUGUUGUGGGCAGUGUUCAAUAAUUAUUUUCCUACUCGAGAUGUGCUGAUACACAGAGGAGUGGAAGCUGAAAGUGCGAACUGUGUUAUGUGCGGUCUGGUGGACGAAACUACAGAUCAUUUAUUCAUUCACUGUUCUAAAACUUUCGAAGUUUGGGACUAUUUUAUCAAGGCUUUUCAUGUCUCUUGGCCUGUUCCAGGUACGGUUUUGCAGCUUUUUAAUGCUUGGGAAUGGAAUGUAUUGAAUGGAAGGAGUAAGGAAAUAUGGAGAUUACUGCAUUUUGCUUUGUUAUGGGUUGUAUGGGACGAAAGAAACAGUCGAGUUUUCGGAGGAAGGCACAAGUCGGUAUAUGAGAUUAUUCUUCACAUUAAGCAGAUGCUCAUACUAUGGUGUUGUAAGCAGGACACUUUUCGUUUCAUUGACAGUUCACAAGUUUUGCAUAACUGGGAGACUGUAAUACACAUGUAAUCUAGUCAUUUGA